AAGGAAGCCUACCCAAGUAAAUCAUGCAGUUCUUUUUCAUCCUGGAGAAAAUGCAAAGGAAAAACAUGACAGUCUGCCCAGUGCAAGCACUUCCCAAUAUAAUGCUACCCGGUGCAGCGAGGCCAGCAUUUCAGCAAUUGCCAAUAGCAGUAACAUAAUCCCAAGUCAUUUCGCACCUGAAACAAGGAAUGACAACUCCAUUUCCGAGGAGCUGGGAUGGGACCUUGCACUAAAUCAAGUGGUGCAGGAUCGAACAGUCACUGCUAGGAGCAGUACCAGCUUUGAAAAAAAAGUGCUUUCAGACAUUUACGUAAUAAUGAGAGACGUGAAGACUGUAAAACAUCAAAAUGAAAGGUUGCUAGCAGCUCUUAGUAUUCCGAAUGAAAAUGGUGAAAUGGGAGUGGCCAAUUGCAACCUGCCCUUGGGGGACAUGGAAAAUCUGGCUACCUUGGAGUCCAGGCUGAGCUCUGAUCCUGCCCUUCGAACUCAUCUUAUACGACGACUCUCACUCAUUGGGGGCCGGGAUUUAAGAAGCCUCACUGCAGGCAUUCUGCGCGCUGUCUUCACAGACGACUUGGGAGCGAAGUUCAGCACACUAGGCCAGCGGCAAAAAAAGAGCCUAAGAGACUUGCAUGUGUACAGUGUCAUUGAAGAGGCGAUUCGAAGUGAUCCUAUGUGUGCAAGUGCAACAACCCAUGCCAUUCGUCAAGCAGCAGCUGCCUGGCUGAAAAAUUGCAGUCUGCGAGCAGCUAAGAGGCACCAAAAGAACAUAGCGCAUUCUUUGGUGGAACAUGCAUAGAAGUUUCAAAUUAUAGAGUGAGUUAUACAAAUAUUCUACCACCAUUCUUAUGCCGCCAAGUUAUUGAUGGUCUUGCUUCACUUCUCAUAUAUAUUUUUUCACCCCUAAGUGAUGGUGCUUGUUUUUGUUGUAUAUUUGUUCUUAUGCCAUUGUGCAUGCAUUCUUGUGACAGCCGCUUGAAACCUGGCAGAAAACAAGCUGCUGUGCAUC